AUGGAGGAAGCGGAUCAGCGAAUCCACGUGGCGUCGGCCGUCGUUCUCCUCGCCGCCGUCUUUUAUGUCACCGGAUUCGGGUACGAAAAAUCGGAGCAUUUUGUUUCGAAGCAUUGUUUUUCAGAUUUGGCUCAAUUUUCGUGGUGGUCAUAGCUCUUUUGGGCGGCGUUUUCUUCGCCAAAUGGAUUUUCGAGUGCUCCGACGGCGAAAUGCUCCAUCAGUGGAAGGUAAAGCGAUCCUCACCUGAUCCGAGAGUUAGCAUGGACCUGACGUGGCGUGAUUAGGUCCGGAAGCCUCCUGAUCAGACUGGGAUGUAAAAACGGAGUGUUGUAACGCGCUUGGUUUAUUAAAAUUUAUUAAAAGUUCGAAGCGCGUUACAACACUCCGUUCUUACAUCCGAGUAUGAUCAGUAGAUUUAGUGCCAUAAAAUAGGGAACACAUUUCAGAAGGGCUUCUUUGUACGUCUCACACCUAAACAAGUAGUAUUUGUGAAUUCGGAGUUCUAGGCCACACAUGUACUUUUCCAGAAUUACCUGACGCCCUCCCCGACGCGAAUCUCCGAUUCGCUGCCAGAAUCGGAAGAGGAGGAGGACGCGAAAACGGACACGGAAAAGACGAGACGGAUGCCGUGGCAGGGACUGUUCCUGCCCGCCGCCCUCAACGAUUCCCUGGAGAAUCUGCUGAACGAGAUUGUAGAACAGUACGUGAACGGGUGGUACGGCGCCGCGAUCAGCAGGGACCGCGCGUUCAUCAACGAGAUACGGUAGGCACGCGUUUUAGAUGUUCACGAAAUCACUUUUCACGAAAAAUCAGGUACCAACUGCGCUACGCCUCUGCGAACCUGAUCCGCUGCAUUCGCCGCGUGGACCUGUCCGAGUUCACCGCCUCGUCGGCCCUUCCGAUCGCCACCCUCCACGUCCGUCGUCUUUCGCAACUCGAGAAGCUCGUCUCGGCUGCCGAUCCAGCCAACCCGAUGCCGCGCUCCCUUUUGGAGUCGAAAAUCGCCGAGCGGCUGGAGGAUUGCCACGUGGCACUGUCGGGACGGGAGACGGAGACCGAGUACGUGCGGCAGAUCGCCGACUUUCUGAUUCCACGUCUCUUGGACGAGACGAGGUUGGCGGGAAGGGCUCAUGACGAUGACAGUCCCCUACGGCUCUUUCGGAGAGGGAAAAACGAACGGCCGUGGCCGAGCAAAUCGGCGAGAGGAUUUCUGAGGGAAAUGCUGACGAACGCGGUGCUUCUGCCGGUGUUUGACAUGCUCACGCAGCCGGACACCAUCAACUACUGGCUCAUUCUGCUGUUCGACGAGCACAAGAAUCGAGAGAUUUGCGAAGAGCGGUUGGAUGUAAGCACUAGGGCAACACGGGGAAACUUGAAUGAAACUUUUUGCCUGAUAUCAUAGAUUUUCGGUUUCUUGCUUUGGAAUUCUGCAUUAGACCUAUAAUAUUUGUACAUAUCGAAACCUAGGUUUUAAAUUUUAAAUUAGUAAGCAUUCAUCGUAUUUUUCUCGUUUUAGAUCACGCCAACACCGCUGCUAAAAGGCCUCACUUGCUCCGCGGGCUCUUCGGACAACCUUCCCGACUCCCUUCUUCAACUAAAACUCACCGAAAUCCUGCGCGACGCCCGUCUCUACUCGAUCUUCCGAAUGUACCUGCAGGACAUUCGGGGACCGGUCCACGAGUUGCAGUUCCUCGUAGAAGCCACGCGAAUUCACGAGAGCAUUCAGAGAAAAGUCGCGUUUGUGCCCAAAUUCCCCUAUAAAAUUGGCAGUUUUCAGUCGGAAACGGCUAGCCAAAUCGCCUACGACACGUGGCAAUUGUAUGGACAAUUUGUGCACGAGAGCGCGCAGGAACGAGUGGGACUGGAGGAGAAACUGGUGGAACAGUACAAGUCGGCGGUCGAAGUCAACGAUUUGGACGUGCUCGAGGGCAUUAUUGAAGCGGUAUGGGAUCCGGGAGAAUCAUAGUGACUGUUUGAGCAAAAAUUUAUGUCAAAAUUCGAUUUUUCUCUUCAAAUUGAAAUGUCCAUCUUGAAACGACAAUUUCUGAAAAUUUUUUCGAGACCGGCAUAAAAUUUUAGCUGUGAUAUAGGACUUUGAUCGGCGAUCCAACAUAAUAGAAGUGGGCAGAAUAGAACCGCGACAUAAUAGAACUGUUUUCGUGUAUUUAUAUGAGCAUUUUGUCCGUUCCUUUCAUUUAACUUUCGCAAAAGUUUUCGUCUCUCGAACAAUUAAGCAGAAGACCAUAGUUUAUACCUGGAAAAUUGGUUUCCUUUCGUUUUUGAUAGUACAAUAAAAUUAUUUUCUGUGUGUUUUCGUUACCGUAGAGAAGAGGGAUCACGACGGAAGUGAAAUUAAUGAAUGCAAUAAAUCGAUCACGAGAUUCAGAAAUUAUCUUUUUCUAUAAAACAAUUAUUCUACAGAAAGGUUUAAAAGGCGCUCCAAACAGUUAUAUUAUGUCGUGGUUCUAUUCUCCCCAGUUCUAUCAUGUUGGACCUGCCUUUGAUCAGUUCAGAACUGUUUUCUCCGUUAAGACCAAUGAAUAUUGUAGUCGUACCAAGAGGUGUACAGCCGAAUGCAAUCCACGCACGUCGUCUCGUUCUGCCAGUCGGAGUGCUUCCUCGGCUACCUCUGCGGCUCCCCGCCCGUCACCAUCAACGAGUUGAUCGACCAGCAGGAACGGCAGAAAGGCCCCGCGCCUGUCGAACGAACGUUCUCCCUCUCGCAACUGAGAGCCCGCGUACGGAAGGCACUCACUUCGGUCGGUGAGGAGGAGAACGGAGUGGAGACGCCCGAAUCGCUGUCCUCGACGACCUCCUCUUCCUACGUGAGCAUUCCCGUUCCCGAGAUUGAUGUGAUCGACGCGGAUGGCGAAGUGAACGGGGAGGAGGAGGGGAUGCGGCCGACGAUGCCGCCCACGCCCGGAUUGGUUAUGGACCCGGAGCCGAUCGAUCUGAACUGCUGGAAAGUGAAUGUGUCGCAAGUCAGCGGACUUCGCGAUCGCAUUUCAGGUUUGCAUCGAAACUAUUCAUUGACAUGAACAUGUCGUGUUUUAAAGCAAAAAAAUUUCGCGCCGGACGGGAUUCGAACCCGCGAGGUCUUACGACCAUAGGAGUCCCUGAAGCUCCUACGCCUUAACCACUCGGCCACCGGUGCACGGGACUGAAUUGGACACUUCCCACUCAUCCUCCAACUUCUAGGGACCAUUUACAACCAGAAACCGUAAUAAAACCACUCGUAUUUGUAUUCAAUAGUGGUUUUACAACUUUUACUAGUUGUAAAUGGUCCCUAGAAGUUGGAGGAUGAGUGGGAAGUGUCCAAUUCAGUCCCGUGCACCGGUGGCCGAGUGGUUAAGGCGUAGUACUUUGGGAGUUCUAUGGUCGUAAGACCUCGCGGGUUCGAAUCCCGUCCGGUGCGAAUCUUUUUUAUCUUUCUACUAGAAUCGGGGUCUUAAUGUACCACAAAGUCCAAUUUUUCUCUGUAGAAAUGAUAAUAAUUGAUUUUUUGCUACAAAACUGUCAAAACUGCUGCAACUGUCUGGGGACCAUUUACAACCAGUAAAAGUUCGGGACCGUCCGAAGCGAAUCUUUUCUGCUUUUUUAGGCUAAAAAUUGAUUGCCCAACUUGCAACCCAGCUUUUUCAGACCGCGUAAGUUUCGUGUUCAUCAUCGAAGUGGAGCGCCCGGACGCGAAACCGCACGAAACUCAGCGCUGGUCAAUCCAUCGUUCGUUCAACGAAUUCUACGUGCUCGAGUCGAAACUGAAUGAAUUCCAUGGCGAUUCGCUGCGAUUCUCGCCGCUUCCGACGCGUCGGACCUUUGUGACACGCGACAAACCGUUCAUGGAACAGCACCGUCUCAUCUUCUCCACAUUCCUCUCCACACUCUCCAAACAACGUCUCCUGAAUCGAUCCGAACUUCUUCUGACGUUCCUCUCGUCGAACGAAGAGUUCCGGGAAACACUGACCCUCGGGGACCUGAAUCCGUGGAAGGUGGUCAAAAAGAUGCCGGGGAAGCUCGGAAGGGAGAAGGGUCAGAAUCUGAAGCCGUACCUUCUGAAGACCCUCGCGCACACACUUGCUCCGGCGGAACGAGUCCAAGUGGCAGGGAGCGAGACGGAGGCGGACGGGGAACGGGCCUAUCUGGCCACGAAUGCCAUUUAUUCAUCGGUGUACGGCAAUAACUUCGAUGGGAUCGUGGAUAAAGAACGGGCGAGCCGCGGAGCACACAAUAAUGGCCAAGAGUUGUGGACUAGGUAGGGUUUCACGCGGAAAGAUGGGAAUAUAGAGAAACUCGUGCAGACCCUAACUUUACCAGUAUAUCGGUCUUGUCAUAGAAUGUCUAUCUUGGAAGUUUCAUUGGAUUAUUCUGACUUGGAUAAUCUGGCAAGGUUAGGGUCCAAUCGGAUAAUUGAUAAUAGCGAUAGGGUGAAAAGUGUUUGUCUUGAAGCAAAAUAGGUGCAAUGACCCACUUUAAGUAAAUAUUGUUCAGCUCGGCCUACGACUCGAUCCUUCUCCUCCUGUGGACGCCUCUGAAAUCUCAAUUCAAAUGGGCGGCGCCAGUCUUUUCGGCCAUCCGAUCCCUAUGCCAAAAUACGAUUGACUCGAUGAUUUGCACACUUUUCGGACAGGUUUUUAAGGUAUUUUGCCGUCAGAAAUGCAACUUUUUCUCCAAUCGGAUCCUUCCAGAACUCGCUAUCGGUAUCCAAUCUGACAUUCCUCGUCCAACACAUCCAAUGGUCUCUGUUUUGCAACGAAGAACCGUGGCCGACGGAGCAGGAAAUGCGGAUGAGGGAGGAGUUGGCGAGGCGGCGCACUCUCGAAUACUUUCAGAAUAAUGUGAGCAUGCAGAGAACUCGGGAAUUUAGGGCAGAAAAUGGCAAAAAGUCUAGUCUUUCCUAUUCGACCGGCCACGGCUAAAUUUCUUAAAGCAUUGAAAGUUCCUAUGAAAAUUUGUUAUUCUUGCAGAUCCCCGUCCACGCACAACGUCUCAUCGGGCGCCACGACGUGAAACAAGUGCUCUCGCCGAUCAUCACCGCCCUACAGUACCCGCGGCUCAACAAACAGCUCCUCUACGUGCUCGUCGACCGGCUCCUCCUGCACGUCUUUCCGGAACUCGACGAAUCCGCCCAACAUCCCCUUCAAUAG